UGUGGAGAUUGUAGUGGCAUGUUUACGAAUCAAUCGAUGACGUGUCUCCCAGGUGCGAGCGCCGUUAUAAUAAACCCCAAGAACGCUGGAAUGCGACAUGUCAAAUGAUUGCCAUGAGUUAUAAAUGCUGUUUAAACAGAGCAUGGCUCUCCAGAUCACAUUUACAUACAUUCCUGCUUGGCUUUACCUUCGUCAGUCUUGGCUCAAGUCGUCUACUUCUUGUGAAGUUUUCUGCCAAUGAAGAUAAUAAAUAUGACUAUGUUCCAGCCACAGUGAAUGUUUGCGCAGAGGCUGUAAAGCUCCUGUUCUGUAUGGCGAUGUCUGUUAGGAUAAUUAUGACGGAAAGACGUUCAUUUAGAUGCCAUGCAUCGUUAAAGCAUUUUUGUCAGUACAUGAAAUGGGCUGUUCCAGCAUUUCUUUACUUUUUGGAUAAUUUGAUAAUCUUUUAUGUUUUGGCUUACCUGCAACCAGCUAUGGCUGUGUUGUUGUCCAAUUUUGUUAUCAUUACUACAGCAGUUUUCUUCAGAUUAAUAUUAAAACGACAGCUGUCCUGUGUUCAGUGGGCUUCUCUAGUGAUAUUGUUCCUGUCCAUUAUGGGGCUCACUUCACAAAAUGACACUGCUCAUCACGAAGUAUCGGUCGAUGUUCAUCACCACCUUUUUCACUCCGCCCCCUCAAACAGCUGCACUUACCUAAAUAAGCCAGACACAGAAGCCCAUACUGUCAGCCUGAAAGCAAUAGCCAACUUUCAGUUUCUCCACCUCGGCCUGGGCCACUUCCUGAUCCUGCUGCAGUGUGUUAUUUCCGCACUGGCAAAUAUCUACAAUGAAAAAAUUUUGAAGGAAGGAGAACAGAUGUCAGAAAGCAUCUUUAUACAAAACAGCAAACUGUAUGUCUUUGGAGUUUUCUUCAACGGCCUCACCCUGGUUCUUCACGAUGAAUACUUUAGCAAAAUCAAAUCCUGUGGAUUUUUUUAUGGUCACAAUGGAUUUUCUGUUGCCCUUAUUUUUACGACGGCCUUUGUUGGACUGUCCGUGGCUUUUAUAUUGAAAUUCAGAGACAACAUGUUUCACGUGCUCACAGCGCAGAUAACGACUGUGAUCAUUACCAUUGUAUCCUACUUUGUGUUCAGUUUUAAGCCUUCCCUGGACUUCUUUCUGGAAGCACCUGUAGUCCUGCUUUCUAUAUUUAUUUAUAAUGCAAGCAGAAUAACAGAGUCCAGCGGUACCACAAAACGAGAGAAACUCAAAAUAAUAAAUGGAGAUGUAUGGGAACGCUCAAAUGGGGACGGUCAGGAGCUUGAGAAACUGACUGCAGCAAAUGAAGACUCUGAGACGGAUGAAGAAAUCUUCUAGCAAAUCAGAAACAUGUACUGAUGUCAAGCACCUUGAAAAACCAGUGGAACUUUAGUACAAGCAUGAGCAGUUUUAAAUUAUGCCAUUUUUGCCACACAGGACCACUAAAUGAGAAACACUUCCAUUAUGAUACUGAUUAAGGCUCCACAUUUGGGAGCGCUUACCACUUGGACUUUCAGCACUGGAGGAACCGCCAGAACAAUAGUGGAAAUCAAUAUUUUUUUAACAACCUCUUUUCUUUCCGGCAAUCUCUCUUGAAAAAGAUUGGUAUUGGGAUAUUGUUUGUGCUAGAUGAACUCCUAUCACAAAUGUGCCUUAGACUUGAAUAUUUUUUGUAUUUCUAAAAUAGGUCAUCCUGCGACAUUAAACCUGAAAAGAAACUUAUUCUACAUCCUAGAAAAUGCAUCUCUUUCUGGUUUGUGUCUGUGCGUUUGUAUACACGCUAUGAAAAAUGUAGAGAGAGACAAGAUGGUGGCUUCGUACUGCAGAUCUUAAUUAUACACUUCAUAUCCUUUAUUAGCUUUAAUUAGACAAGCCAUUAAUUAUGCCACCUUUUCCACACUAAAACAGAUGGGCUGCUGAUAAUCUACCUAGUUGUGACUGUUAGGGUCUGGCCACAUGAACAGAUUUGGGGAGAUUAAUCACCCCAGCGACAAAUCUCCUCUUUUUCGGGGCGCCAAUCUCCCCGAAUUGCCUUCCCCCUGCCCCCCUCGCCUGGGGGAAGGCACACGUGGCGCUUCGAAAACGAAGCUCCGUGUGUGGCUUCCCCCAGUCGAUUUUCAUUUUAGCCGGCAGAGGGCAGGGGGAAGGCAGAAAUCAUAAAUUUAAACUUACUAGUCACUGGAUCCUGUUUUGCUUUAAAGGAAAACUAUACCCCAAAAAUGAAUACUUAAGCAAUAUAUAGUUUAUUUCAAAUUAAGUGGCAUAUUAAUGAAUCUUACCAAACUGGAAUAUAUAUUUAAAUGGGUGGUUCACCUUAAAGUAAACUUUUAAUAUGUGAUAAAAUGGCCAAUUCUAAGCAACUGUUCCAUUGGUUUUCAUUAUUUAUUUUUUAUAGUUUUAUAAUUAUUUGCCUCUUUCUAGCUGACCCCUUCUAAAAAGCAAAUGCUCUGUAAGACUACACACAUAUUACUGCUACUUUGUAUUGCUCAUCUUUCUAGUAAGGUCCUCUCCUAUCCAUAUUCCAGUCUCUAAUGCAAAUCAAUGCAUGGUUGCUAGGGUAACUUGGACCCUAGCUACCAGAUUGUUUCUAAUGCAAAUUGAAGAGCUGCUAAAUAAAAAUCUAAAUAACUCAAAAACCUUCAAUAAUAAAAUAUGAAAACAAAAUGCAAA